AUGUCCAACGAAAUCGCCACACCACCAGCAACAUCAUUGUCCGACCCGCCAUCGCCAACUGACUUGCCGGAAUAUUCUACCAACCGGCGCCCCUCCAACAACCCAUUCAAUUACCCUCCAGUCUACCACGACGACAGCGAGGACGAGAACCGCAACGGAACCAAUCCAAUGGCAUCAACGACAUCCAUCAUCAAAACCACCUUAACCACUAUCGUGCCCAUCACUUUUCAUCCAAAACCCAUCUAUGUGAUUGUCGCAACCGCGCUGAAGCCUUCUAUGGGCAUCGGCAACCAAGGAACCCUGCCAUGGUCGGGCAUCAAAGGCGACAUGGCCUUCUUCCGGAAAUUGACGACCAAGGUCCCUGAGUCGAGUGCGCCUGGUUCGUUGAACGCGUUGAUCAUGGGGAGGAAGACGUGGGAAAGUAUUCCUUCCAAAUUCCGGCCGCUAGCAGGUCGGCUCAAUGUGAUCAUUACGCGAGGCAAGGUAAAGGAACUAGGAAGACAAGUUCUGGACGAACUUCAGACAUCGUCCGAGUCCGAGUCUUGGGAGACGCAAGACCUUCUCCUCUCGACCGCUGCUACACCAUCGAAAUCUAGUGAGGCGAGCAGCAGUGAAGCGCCCGACGCAAAUGCUACAGUCUCGACGACCGUACUCCUGACACCGUCAUCGACAACUGCCAAAUCUGCAGUCCUGAUCUCCUCGUCAUUGCCCCGGACACUCUCACUCCUCUCAUCUUCCGACUCGCUCCCCAACUCAACUGUCACGCCCCAAAAAGUCUUUUGCAUCGGUGGAGCCAACCUCUACAGCCAGAUACUGGCCCUCUCGCACGUAUCGGCCGGAGCAGAGGACGACGCAGAUCUCUCACCCACCACGACCAGAGAGCCACCGGCGCAAAAGUCAAGCACGAGUGCUGAGCACACCUCAGAUGCCGACUCCACCGCGUUCGACAUCCGGAUCCUGCAGACUCAGGUCCACAAGCUGAACGGCGAGGCAUUUGAGUGCGAUACGUUCUUCCCAGAGGACAUUACGUUUUCGUCAUCAACGUCGGACUGGCGCGCGGUGUCGCAGAGGACGUUGGAGACCUGGGCGGACGGAGUGGACAUUCCGGGUUCCUCGCCCGCCUCGGCAUUCGACUUUAAUUCCAGCACUGAUGCAGAACGCAAAGACCCAUCUGAGGAUGAAGCAGAUGGGUGGGUGCGCGACGACAAAGCAGGCGUCGAGUAUCGUGUCGUCGGGUGGGAGCGACGAUAG